GAAAUAUAUUUUAGUUUCACCAUCGUCAAUGAAAGAGCAGACAAUGUAGCAUUUCAUUGGAAUGCACCAACAGAUCAGCAUUCCUUGAUCUAACUUCUAGCAUCAGCCGGCCAGUAUCUUUUAAUUCUUAUUCUAGCUCAUUCCAGUCAUAUUAUCAAUCGUUGCUGUAUUAGAAUAAUCUUAUUGAGUGCACUUGAAUAAGUGCCAUGACCAACAGUUCAACCCUCCAACGAACUUUAGCAACGCCACCACGAAACAAACAAACCACAGAGGCUAUUAAGGCAUCAAAAGUUAUCUAUCCAACCAGCUUGCAGCCUGACGCAAUGGAUCGAGUCCCUACUAUGAGCGUAGCUGAUAGCGUACUCCUCCAGGCAACGCUGAAGCAAUCGCGACAUACCUGGACUCACACAGCUUUUGCACGAUUCACACCUGAGUCUGCCGUGCGUGGACCUGGCGGUAAAAAAUACGUUUCGGAAGUGACGCCUGUUGGACUUUGCACCGUCUGUAUCGGGCCACAUAUGUUUCUUGAUACAAAAUUUUUUACAGUAUACAACCCAUCGCCACCAACUCCUUCAUCACCUCCCCCUGCGACUGCAGCUCUUAGCACGACUACUGACGCCAUAGCACUACCGACUGAGGAAUUUCCUCAGUCAUCAUCCACGUUGACCAAUAUCGUACCUACAGGGACAACAGGGACAACAGCGCCGGAAGGUAUGGAUGGGCUGAUCGAAGCUCAACCGGGGAACUUAUCUGCACAAGAAAAGCUGUCCGAAUCAGUAUCGGACACUCUCAUGGAUGGAGAUAUGGAUAUUGAUAAUAAAUCCACAAACAUAUCAUUAGCCGAUGAUUCGAAAAGCCAACCGGUCGUUGUACACCAUCUACAAUCAGCUGAAACAUGCACACCCAGUAUACCAGUUGUUGCAAUGGAAGAUGAUACUUUACAAGGAAAAUCGUUGAUAGAACCGGCAGAGAAGCCUUCUACGACUACACCAACAUCCAUAGAUGCUAAAGCCAAAACACCGGCUGCAAAGCCGCAACGACCGAUGUAUCAAGUAAUUUUUGAGUUCAGAGAGAACCCUGGUGUACGAUGGCUAUUUCCGCACGAGUCAUCGCUUGAGUUCACGUCAAUUGAAGGCUGCGAUACCGCCAAAAUCUCCGCUUCAUUCUGGUUACCAACGACAGAGGAAUCAUGUGCAGGCGCGUAUGGAUUAGGAUCUGGCUCAGAGACUGCCUCCAGAUCUGGCCAGGCCACAACUGUCGUUAUUCUUCAAGCUACCAAUGAGCUUUGGGUGGGACUUCAACAGUCCAUCAGCGACCCAGCAUUGACAUAUCGACUUAUGUUGGAAAAGAUGAAGAGCAUUCCGCCUCGAACCUACGUUCAGUAUAAUCUUCCCCUAGAUUUUCCGGACGACCAGUUACAACAUAAGGGCUUCAAAAAACUUUCCGAUCAUCAUGUGGACCCAUUAAAGAAGUUUGAACCGUCAAAGCGGAAACCUGACGAUAUAGUGGAACAGCAGACAUUUGGGAAAACAAAGCGAUCAAAAGCUGAGCUGGAUCAAGUCGGGCCUUUUAGCCAUAAAAACGCGAUGACGACUAAAAAGAAUACACAGACAACCAGCGCAGGUAGUAGCAAUGCUGCAUCAAGUUCGGUAUCUCAUCAGAAGCAGUGUGCUUACUGUGGAGUAACCUCGACACCAACAUGGAGACGUGGCCCUGAGGGGCCGCAUACACUCUGCAAUGCCUGUGGAGUGAAAUGGAGACAAGGAAAGAUUUUUAUAAAUCCUGGAGAAAAACCUGGCCUAGCUCAGACGCCUGGGACAACUUCAGUCUCAACCCCCGCACCACUACCUGUCUCGAGGAAACUUCCACCCCCACCGCCACAACCAACGCCAUUAGCGCUUCAAAAGAUCCCUACAACAACACUUAGUGUUACCAUUUUACCUCCUGACUCCCUAACAACUACAGCUGAGGCCGCUGUUCGUAUGCAGCAGGGUUUAGUCCGACAUGCAGAGCAAUUAUUAUUUGUAGAUAACCCCGGAACUGAGACUGAGCUGCGACCUGAGCCAAAAAUGUCGAGCAAACGCGCUUCUAGCACUAUAAGGAAGCAAAACUCAUCCGCAUUGAGUACAGAUGGAAAAAUGCUAAAGACAGUUUAUGGGGAAACAACCUCGUCAGGGAAAAAGAGAAGUAUUAGUAAAGGGCCUAAAAUGGUCCCCAUUAAUCAAAUUGGAGAGUCAUCUAAGCCUCAUGGUAAAAUUGUCGCCAGUUCGAAGAAAGACAAAGAUAGGGACAAGAGCAAGGAGAAGGAGAAGGAUAAAGAAAAGGAGAAGGCAAAAGCUAAAGAAAAAUUAAAGAGCAAGCCUAAACAGAAGGAAUGUGAAAAAAAUAUAGUCAUUGAAGUACCAGCUCCUCAAUCAAAGGCAACUGAAGCUGCUAUAUCUUUAGCCAUGGGAUCGCCUAACAAGACAAUGUCAGCACAAAUCACUGGUACAACAAGCUCCACUACCUGUCUUGCUGACCCCACCUCCGAUAAAAUCCUCUCGGAGCCAGCCAGUAUACUUGUUGCAACCCCCACACCCAUUCCUGCGGCAACGCAAACCAUGGCUCACAAGCCUGGGACCACAAUAACAUCAAAUAUAUCAAACCCAAAUCCUCUGACUAUCGGAACCACUUCGCAAUCAACCGUUAAGUCACCUUUGGCAAUGUCAGCAGCUACAAAGCUUUCGAUUCUCAAAUCUCUUGCCAGUAACCCUAGAUAUCAAGUUGGACACGACGCUGCUGUUUCCACAGUUAGUCUGAUAGAUGAAGGACUUUCAUUAUAUGCAACCAAAAAUCUCUACACCAACAAUACGGCGACUUUUCCUCUGCACUUCCCGACUAUUUCGAUUGCUUUCGGGCCAAAUAACGCUUAUUACAUGUACCCAAACUGCGCUGUAGUACUAUUUGAAAAUCAUUUUCAAAUUAAGCUGAUUCAUUCAGGUGAGCGUGCAGAUAUUGAUGUGUGGAAAGAAAAUGUCGAGAAGUCAGAGUUUCAAGUUGUAGAUGUUGGUGACGAGAGUAUGAUUAUAAUGAAGGCAGUUUUGAGCCAGCAUCUAUCAAGAUUUAACAAAGAUCUAUUGAAUCCAGACAAGAACGAAACGUCAAUCGUGUUCCGGUUUAGAGAGCGUCUGGACGGUGGAGGACCACCGGUCAAGCCCCUUCUUGAGCAAUGGCUGACAACCAAAAUUCCGGAGGCUGUACCUCUUGCAUCUAAAGUGUCUGUAGCGGCGUCUAAAAAGUAACUUGAUUGCAAAUACAUUAAAUGGAUAUUAGAAAGCAUUCAUUUGCAGUAAAAUCUAUAAAUUUUUAUAGCGAAUCAAUUCAUUGCUUCAUGCAUGCAUCUGACGACUGGUAUGGCUCGCGGCAGUGUAUCAUCGCAUUGGACCCAAUCUUUAUCUAGGCAGAAUAUAGCUUCUGUCAAUCACGGUUAUGCUGCGGACACCGCAAGAAUCGCGAUGAAUGAUGGCGUCACAGAUAAGCCCUGCUUUAUUAUCAUUCUUCCAUACUACUCAUCAACCUUACGAU